UUUAUGAUGGAAAAGUCCGGAAUAAGAAGAUUUAAUUUACUUUUAUGAAAUGAGUUAUUAACCAUCAAAGGACAUAAUGAGCUUGCGAUAUCAAAUUGAUGAUACUAAAUGUAUGCCGCAACAGCGAUGAUUUAACAGCUUUAGCAAUGAGCGAAUGUCACCGUGAAGGUCCGUAUGUCUUCUCCUGUGAGUGGCCUUACUGGUGCUGUCAAGACGGAAUAUCGUGCUGUGGAAUUUCCCUCUACGCCUACUUUGGGAUAACACUCGGUUUCAUCGGAUUUCUGGUUUUGUUCGGUGUGGCUUUAAAUAUAGGUUUAACCAGAUGCAGACAACCCCAAUUCUCCGUAAUGCCAUGUGUUGCUGUUACAAAAUCGAGUCGCUCUUUAUACCCAAAAUUUCAGAAGGGGAAGACCCCGAAUAGUACAUUUUACGAUUACAUCAUGUUUCCCAAUGAUGUGAGGCUGGUAUGAUCGCCAUGCUGUGAGCCUAGGAUAACUUCCUGUAUUCCCAUGAUGUGAGGUUGGUAUGAUCGCCACGCUGUGAGUCUAGGAUAACUUCCUGUAUUCCCAUCAAGUGAGGCUGGUAUGAUCGCCAUGCUGUGACCCUAGGAUAACUUCCUGUAUUACCAUCUUGUGACGCUGGUAUCAUCGAGAAGCUGUGAGCCUAGGGUAACUUCCUGUAUUCCCAUUAAGUGACGCUGGUAUGAUCGUCAUGCUGUGACCCUAGGAUAACUUCCUGUAUUACCAUCAUGUGACGCUGGUAUGAUCGAGAAGCUGUGAUUCUGGUCUGAUUACAUGCUGUGAGCCUGGUUUGACAUCCCGUAUCCUCAUAAAGUGAACCAAGUGUGACAUCCUGUAUCCAUAUAAGGUCGGUCGAGUGUGACCUCCUGUGUGUGGCGGAUCCGUGGUCUAGUGGUAACACACUUGACUAACAAUCCCGGGGUCGCAGGUUCGAUUUCCCGUCGCAUCACUAAAAAUACUAAUCGUCUUCCGGGAGGGACGUUAAAUGGGGGUCCCGUGUGACAGUGCUAUACACAAGUGCACGUUAAAGGACCAAGGUAGCUCUAACCAGGUUACACGCUGUCUGUGCACUAUGCUCCAACAACCUAAAAUGACUAACAAUCUUUACGGAGCACUCGCCGUAUGGGCAAGACCCGAGUGCGAGUAUAAAUAAGCUUACACACAUGAUGACAGCCUGGUAUGACUCGCAAAUGUCUUGUUCGGCAUUUUGUAUGUUCUGUCUGUGAAACUACCGUGUUCUGUUUACGGGUUUUGAACUAAUUAAACGUGAUAAUUUAUUAUAAUGUUCUACAUUUAUGAUCGUUCCUAAAACACAUUAUGUCCUCAUUCUCAUAAAAUGAUUUAGAUUGAUGUCUUCAUUCUAUGACAUGAAGUAUUCUGUUAUAAACGAUUCAGUGUUUUCUAUAUUAUGUUUUUCUUAAAACAAAUGCUUGAUACAUCUGUAACCGCACCAAUACCUAGAAUUGUAUUACAGUAUCAUUGCCAG